AGUUUUUCCCGUUUUCUUGCUGACGUUUUUUUUUAAAAAAAAAAACGAUGCCGAUUCUCUUAAUCAGUCUUAGGAAUUCCUGUGCUCAACCGAAGUCACAGUUGUAAGAGUUCAGUCCGGACGUUGCACAAGUUGACUGCAAAGAGCUGGAGAAUGGUAUCCUUUUCUACCCCAGAUUUGUUUACUUUCAUACUUGGAGCUGUCAUUUCUUGAGCUUAAAAAAUAAUGUCCUCAGUUUCUCCUCAGAGGUUCUUUGUAUAGUCCAGCUGUUGUUGCAACGCGGCGGAGGUUCCCACAGCUGGCCAGAGAAAUGGCCGUCAAGAAGUAGAUGCCCAGAUGUAACGGUGAGGAAAUAAUCCACGUGUCAUGAAGUAAGAUGCAGCAUAGCGUUCCUCCAGAUUAGUUAAGUAGCAGACGAAGACAUUGUAUUUUGAAAUAUGAUUAAUCUCCUGAUGCAGCACCAGAGGCUAACAAUAUUAAUGGCCAGAUCUAGCGCUCACAUGGUCUUCUGAAGAAGCCAUGGGUAGCUGUUGGAGCUGUCCAGAUAAAGACACUGUCCCAGAUAACCAUCGGAACAAGUUUAAGGUCAUUAAUGUGGAUGAUGACGGGAAUGAGCUAGGCUCUGGCAUAAUGGAGCUCACAGACACAGAACUGAUUCUAUACACCCGUAAACGCGACUCGGUAAAAUGGCACUACCUCUGCCUGCGACGAUACGGCUACGACUCCAAUCUCUUUUCUUUUGAAAGUGGUCGAAGGUGUCAGACUGGACAAGGAAUCUUUGCUUUUAAGUGUGCCCGUGCAGAAGAAUUAUUUAACAUGUUGCAAGAGAUAAUGCAAAAUAAUAGCAUAAAUGUGGUGGAAGAGCCAGUUGUAGAAAGGAAUAGUCAUCAGACAGAAUUGGAAGUUCCUCGAACACCUCGGACACCCACAACUCCAGGGUUUGCUGCUCAGAACUUACCUAAUGGAUAUCCCCGCUACCCUUCAUUUGGAGAUGCCUCCUCCCACCCCUCCAGCCGGCAUCCUUCUGUGGGAAGUGCUCGCUUACCCUCAGUCGGUGAAGAGUCUACACAUCCUUUGCUUGUGGCCGAGGAACAGGUACAUACUUAUGUUAACACUACAGGUGUGCAAGAAGAGCGAAAAAACCGUGCAAGCGUGCAUGUGCCUCCGGAGGCAAGAGUUUCUAGUGCGGAAAGCAACACACCAAAAGAAGAACCGAGUAACACUGAAGACAGGGACCCUCAGGUUCUUCUUAAGCCCGAAGGAGUGAAGUUUGUGUUAGGCCCAACCCCUGUUCAGAAGCAGUUAAUGGAAAAGGAGAAGCUGGAGCAGCUGGGGAGAGACCAAGUUAGUGGAGGAGGUGCCAACAGCGCCGCCGAGUGGGACACUGGCUAUGACAGCGACGAACGGAAAGACACUCCCUCCGCUAACAAACUGGUGUACGAAAAUAUAAACGGGCUGUCUAUCCCCAGUGCCUCCGGGGUCCGGAGAGGUCGUCUGACAUCGGCCAGUGCCUCCGAUACUCAGAACAUCAACAACUCCGCUCAGAGGAGGACAGCGUUGUUGAACUAUGAGAACCUGCCGUCUCUGCCUCCUGUUUGGGAAGCCCGCAAGCUAAGCAGGGAUGAAGACGACAAUUUAGGACCAAAGACGCCAUCUCUAAAUGGCUACCAUAAUAAUCUGGACCCAAUGCAUAACUAUGUUAACACAGAGAAUGUAACUGUACCGGCAAGUGCUCACAAACUAGACUAUUCGAGGCGUCGGGACUGCACCCCGACAGUCUUUAACUUUGACGUCAGGCGCCCCAGCUUAGAGCACAGGCAGCUCAAUUACAUCCAGGUGGAUUUGGAAGGCGGCAGUGACUCCGACAACCCUCAGACUCCAAAGACUCCUACCACUCCCCUUCCCCAGACCCCCACCAGACGCACGGAGCUGUACGCCGUGAUAGACAUCGAGAGGACUGCUGCUAUGUCCAACUUGCAGAAAGCACUACCACGAGACGACGGGACGUCUAGGAAAACGAGACAUAACAGUACUGACCUGCCCAUGUGAGCCUGGAGAGCAUUACGUCUUUUGCACCGUCGUGACGUUUUUAAAAUGAAGAUGCGAUGCUUCACUGUCAUUUCUACACUAACUCCUUUAUAGACUGAUCCGUUGUUUUCUGAAUAGUUCAUGUGCAUCUUUAAAGGGAAUUAAUGUAGAGCAGGUACUCCUUGCAGAACACUAGUUUCAUUAUAUUCUACUCAUUAUUGUACAGCAGCAUUCCCAUUUUCACAGUGCCUAUUUAAAAUGAGAUUUGAAGUGAAUGACAUGCUGGUUGAUUUUAUUCCAUAUUCAGGACAUAUGCAUAUCUUUCACGUCUAAGUUGUGUUGGCAUUUCAACCUUUCAUAAAGUCUCUUGAUAAUGUGCAUUGCUGACAUAACUCUAGGCUUUGAAGGUAGGACUCACUGCUCACAGUGUAUGGUCUCCAGCAUGGAACAUGAGGAAUCUUAUUUCAGUAAUUAAAGGCUUUUUGACUUGGGCCAAAAAAAAAAAAAAGAAAGAAAGAAAGAAACAAAAGAGCCACACCUCCUUUUGUACCAGUCAGCUCCUCUGUCUUCAGUGUUACUAGAAAGAGUCCAGUAUCAUGAAUAUAGUUAUGUAUUGGGAGGCAGGCAGGAGACAACGUUUUGUUUACUCAUCUCAUGGUGUCAUUUGAAGGGCAUGUCCAGAUAUCUUACUCAGAAUGAUGGUGGCUUUAGGAAAUCAGUCUCAGGUCACUUUACCCAGAAACAUUUGAAAAAUCUACACCAUGAUCUGUUGGCGUUUCUCUUCGAUAGGUUAUUGGCAGCACAUUGUUUUCUGGAGACAUUUGUGCCAUGAAAUUCCCAUUUAGCUUCAGGUUUUUUGUUUUGUUUUCCCCUUUGGUGUUUGGGUUGUCUUUGUUUUGUAACGUCUUUCUCAAUUUCCAAUACAAUGUUUGCGUUUGUAUAUCAUUUUGGAAUGGGAUUGUGUGUCUGUUGUUACUUAGUCUGCAUUUUUGUCAAGUUAGGGUCUUGAAGGUCCACUUGGAGCCGACUGUUAUUUUCUAACAGGGUUGCUCUUGUCCAGUAUUUAUUUAUCUGCUGUUUACUUGUCAGGUUGAUGAAAAACCAUCGUCUCGAUCUUAAAUGUCAUUUGUGUGCUCUCUUUAGUCGCUGAGAAGAAAAGGAAGAUACUCUGAGGCAUGUGAGUCCCCCAAAGGUGGCAUCCUCCCCGUGGGGGCAUUCCCCAGCACUUUAAUAGGGAUUGCCUCAGCGGCAUGGCUACAGUCCUGCUCUGCCCGCUCUGCUGUGCCGGGCUCUGCUGGCCUUUCCGGGGAGCUAGGCUGGCUCUCAGGGAGCUAGGCUGGCUCUCGGGGAGCCCCUGAUGUGGGCGAGCUGUUGAUAUUGUUGUCAGCAUAGCAGGCACGGGGAAGGCUGGAUGCAGUGUGAUUAUGUUGCAAUUGAGGAUCUGAAAUGAACUGAAGUGGAUAGAAACUGACGUCGACCUCUUGAAAAUCAAGAAUGCUCCAAAUUCCCAACCCACUGUAGAAUAAAGAGAAGGGCGGAAGGACAGGCAGCCUUACAAAAUAUUUUCCUUUUUUCUCUAACAUUGAGGAAGUUUUAUAUCGUGAUCCGGAUACACCAGGUGUGACUAAGAUUGAUUUAACAAGAAAGGGCUCCAGUCAUAGAACAUUCGGUAUAUUCGGGAACUCAUCACACUACAGUGAAUAGGUUAGCAGUGGAGUGGGGCCGUUAUGAAAAUAAAAUAAACAUGUUGUCUUCAUCGUUUUUAGUGCCAUUGGUUUAUAGCAGAAUUUUCUUCUUCCUUCUUUUUUCCUCUGUACACUUGGUGCUUACUGAAAUGUUCACUGUUCUCUCUAAGAGAGCAAUGGCUGGAUGUGCAGAGUUCAUGUCUAAUGUGCUGUUCCGUUUAUUCUUUCUUCUGAGUAGAUUGCUAACUGUGCCAAAUGCCAGUGGGGGUUUUUGAGUGUGGGUAAGAACUGACGGCUACAGCGCACACGGUUUCCUCUGUGCCAGCGUCAGGAUAGCCCGGCUCUCCAGGGAGAAAGGGCCGGUCUGUUUGGUCUUGCUGGAGGCGGCGAGGUUUCUUCUCUCUUUUCUUUGUUCUCUCUGCGUUUCCCUUCAGAUCGGAAUUCGAUUUUACACUUGUCUGGUGACUCUCCUAUAAUCACCACAGUUUAUGCUUUAAAAAGUAUAUGGUUAAGAAUAAAAAUGGGACCAAUUUGUCUGCUAAACAUUUGAUUUUAGGGUACUAUGUGAAUAUUGACUAGGAAGAGUUAAACAGGUGGUGUUAAUUUCUAGAUGUCUUCUGGAAAUUACCUUUGUUUCUAUUUAAGCAGUCAUUGAGAAUACCACUGUCCUUUACAGUAGUCUCAUAAUGGGCAUUAAGCUCUGUCCUGGAAGAAUGUACCUAUUACUAUUUGAAUUUUAAAGUGAGACAUUUUACUGGCACAUAUUUGUGGCCAUAUGUCUCAGAUUUUCUGAGACAAACCUAAUUUUAGAAAAUUGGUUUUGUUGAUUAGACCAUGAGAUCCUACUUUUUGGUUUUAGAAAUAGAAUCCUCGCUCCCUUGUUUUUCCCGGAGAAAAUCCGUUUUUAUUCAUAUAGAUCAGACAACAUUUUUUCCCAGACCAGGGGUGGAAAGUGAUAGGGAUCGGAUUGCUAGUGUUUUUCUGAAUGUCUUACUUCUCAGUUUCAUCUUCCUUUGAAAAAUGAAAAUAUGGUGCCUUCCUCCCCCCCCCCUCAAGGAGAUUGGCAAAUAGUUCCUUGUAUUUCCUGCUGCUGUGGAGUGAUGAGACAUGCACUUUACUCUUAAAGACUCAGCAAAAAGUUUUCACUUCUCAGUAGAUCCAGAAUAAAUCCUGGUUGGGACUUAAACUUUGCCAAGCAAUCUUCGUCAUGACAGUCAUUAAUGUUGACCCCUACCAUGUUGUAAGUCAGACUGGUGUGCGUUUAUUCUCCCCACUGCUCCCACCUCCCAUCUGUGGCACAGCAUAUAAAAAUGUACCUCAAUAGUGUUCUAUUAAAAAUGGGACAGGGGCCUUACGUUCUCAUGAUUCUCCAACAAUGUGCCACCACGUAUUUGCCUCAAGGUAAAGGUUUUAACAAGCUAAAAAGUACUUCCCAUUUCCCUGUGCUCUUUUCUACCCAUAAUGCCCAAGUGUUUUGUGCAAUGUGUAGUGUGUAUGUAUAAAUAUAUAUAUAUAUAUAUUCUUGAAAUAGACAUAACAUCAGAGACAUCAUUCAGAAGUAAUGUAUUGGCAUCUCAUUCAUAUUUCUGAUGUGAACUAUAUGGUACUAUUUACUUUUUCCUUAAUGUUUGCCAAAUUUGAAUCAAGGCAUUGGUACGAAAUUACAGAAUGUAUAGGAAGCAUUUUGGCUUGAAAAGUUAACAAAUGAAAGUAUUCAGACCUAUCACAAUGUACUCUGCCCAGACCAGCACCCUGUCUUCUUGCUGCCUGUUCCCCAUUCCUGCUUCCUCAUCUUUCAGGGUGUAACUGUUCUUUUCUAGCAUCCUGUAGUUGAAUUUCUCUGGCAGUUGGACAAGACAGCAUGGAAACAGGCUGGGAUCAAUAGUACGGUAGUCACCAGGGUGCCACAUUUGCAUUGGUGAAUGCAAAUAGAUGUUUUAUAAAAGAUAAAUGUUGUGUUAUGUUUCUAUUUUCAUUACAUUGUAUAAUAAUGUAAGAUUAUUGUAUGUCCUAAUUUGCAUUAUAAAUGUUUUUUUCCUACAUAAAGGCAUAAAUAUAGCAACUUUGUAUAAAGGUAGCUUAUUAGAUUUUAAUUUUUCUUCUAUAAAAGUUGUCUACAGUGGGACUACCAUUGCCAAAUUGUAUAUGAGAUAUGAAUUUUACCCCUAUGGUUAAUUUCUUUUCUAAACAUUCCAUAUUUCUCUAAUGAAAGAUGUGAUUCUGUACUAUGCAUAAAUUGUGUUUUAAUGCUGUUUCAUAUCAGCAUUUUAAUUUUGGGUUUGCAUUUUUAGUAUUGGCAAAACCUAACCACUGUUAAUUAGAACAAAACCUUGUUGUAUAUGUAACAGCAUCAUUUGCCUCCCCCCUCUUGCCCUCUGUUCUUUACCCCCUGUCAGUGCCAACUUCAUACAUUUUGUAGCAUGGCAAUAAAAUGUAACUUUUACACUGAGGCCGAGUGUGGCUUUUUGGAGGCAGUCGAGUGGGAGGAUGGCCACCCAGUUGUCCUGGGAUGUGACUCCUUUGCCAUGUAAGCCGUGUUGUUGGGCAUAAGAAGUUAUAUCUGGUGUAAACAUGCUUUUAAGGACAAGUGUGGAUGUGCUUUAGAGCUGUGUUUUCAAUGUAACAAGUCAUAAAUAACUAAUUUUUAAUGUUUGCAAAAGUCGGAGUUCUUGAAGUACAAUCAAAUCUUUAUUAACUGGAGUACUUAAAGAAUAAGCUAAUAAUGGAAUUUUGUUAAACAAGGGCUAAGCAACACUUUUUAAAAAUUCUUAUUUAUUGUGGAGUAUUAGUAUACUUUACUAUCCUAAAAUUAUAAUGUGUAAAAUAUGGUUUUAUCUUAGACAAUGUAGCAUCUUGCAAUGCCUUACUGUUAUCAUUCUGGCAUAAAUAUCCAUGAUGAGGUACUCAAGUUGAUACUGGAAGCUGAGCUGACUAUACACUGACCUUAAGCAUUCAUGAAAAACUGCUUUGUUGAAUAAAAUCUGAUGAGUUCUUAUGGUCAUUUUUCCCUUAUUGCCAAAAGUAGAUUGCAAUAAAACCCAAAUAAAAGCUUGGUUGGAUACUUUUAAA